AUGUCUCGCCAUCACUUUUUGGGGAGUACAGAUUUGGCUAUUACUACUUCGUUAUUAACGAAUUAUAAUGUACCAACAAAAAUACCUGAUGGUUUCAAAUUAAAUAAAAUAAAACAUCAAGACGAUUUAGUUUUAAUUGAAUUAGGAACUUUACUCACUUCAAAUGAAUGUGAUGAAAUUCUCGCUAAUAUUAAUGAAGAAACAUUUGAAAGUAUGUUCGAUAAAUAUGAUGUUAGAAAGCGAAACAAUUCACGAUUAAUAGUAAUGGACGAUCGAUUGGCUCGAACACUUUGGCGACGUUUAAAAUUUAGUAAUAAACUAACAAAACUCGUUCAAAAUACAAAACCCUUAGGUUUCAAUGUGCAAGGUAAUUGGGAAUUGAGCGGUGUCAAUCCAGCAAUGAGAUUAAAUAAGUACAAUGAAGGAGAAUAUUUUUCACCUCAUAAAGAUGCUCAAUAUGCACCAAGUGGUGAUGAACGAUCCUUAUUCAGUUUAGUGAUUUAUUUAACUGACAAUUAUGAGAAAGGAGAAACAAAAUUUUAUUUUCCAAAAAUAUCGCCAAAAUCAAAUAUUAGAGGAUUAACAAUAAAAGAAGAAAUUGAUGCUCAUGGUGGAUUAGAAAAUGGUUAUGAAUGUGUAAUAUUACAACCAAAGAAAGGCUAUGCUGUUCUAUUCACACACAAUCUAUUGCAUGAAGCAAUAGCACCAGAAAUAGCAAAUCAUGUUGGCAUGACACAACGUCUCAUAUUAAGAACUGACGUAUUAGUGAAGAGAAAAGAAAAAUUAUUAGGCUUUGCAGUUUGUCCAGAAGAAGAGGAUGAUUAUUUUGCUUGUUUAAAUUUUUUUCGUGAAGCACAACAAAAUGAAUUGAAAGAAUAUCAUAAUUAUGGCAUGUUUAUAAACACAAUAAAUACUGGAGAAUUAUAUGAGCGUUCACUAUCGAUUCGAUAUUGUUAUCCACAUUUACUUGAAUCAAUUAUAAAACAAGAUGAAGUAAAUUCAUUGAUUGAACAAUUACCAUCAGAAAUGUGGCUUCAUAUCUUCAAAUUUUUACACGAACAAGAUAUUCAAAAUUUAAUCUUUGCUUAUCCAAAAUUUCAACUAUUAAAAAUGAUUUGGCAAGCUCAAGAAACAAAACAAUUGGAAACAGAUCCAUCUCAACCUAAAUUUAUUCCUACAAUUCAUGCGCAAUAUGGAAGUCGAACAUUAUUUUGUUUUUCGGACGCAGAUUUUUUCUAUCGACAUAUCAAUGCAUGUUGUCGUGUUGUGGCUGUCUAUGCUUUUUUCUUAUUAGGACAUGGAAAAGAUUCGAAAACAUACACAAUUCGAUACGAUAGAAAUACUCAACAAGCAUGCGAAGUCAAAAUGGAAAAAAUACUGGCAGAUGCAUUUUACAAUAGAAAUUGUUAUGGUUCUCUAUAUAGAGUAACACAAAAAGAUGAAAAUAAACGACAACCAAUGGUUGAUUUAGAUUAUAGUGUCGAUCGAACAUACAUGAGCAAUCGACAUCAAUCUCAAUUUAUCGGGCAAGAUCUUUUAUCACGUCUUCAUAUUAAAAUCGAAGAACCUUCUUCAUUCAACUCUAACCUAGAUAUCGAAAUGGACUAUUAUGGUCAUUUAAAUGUAGACGAAAUUCUAGCUUAUCAGAGAAGAAUGGCUUUAUACGAUUCUGACGAAAAACUUGUUAAUGAAUAUAUGAAUGAUAACGAAGAUGAAGAAUCUUGGGUGCCAUGUAAAAGAGAUUAUGUAUUAGGUUAUCAUGAACAUUUGAUGAAACAAACAGAACAGAAUUCGGGCACUAGUCUCCUUCGAAUGUUAUCGGCGAAAGAUCAUCUCAUUAAUUCACCAUGUGCUUGUCCUUUAAGUCAUUGUGCUUUAUCGAAAAUUCAUGAUUUAAUUCUCGUAUAUAAUCAUCUCAUAUUCGAUUUCGACACCCAUCAGCUGACCGUUGAACGUCUGUCAGAUGAAAUAAUACCGUACGUUUCUUUCCAUUCUCUUUUACACAAUUGCAUCGAAACAUUACGAAAUUCAGCUUCACGAAAACAUCCCAUCUCCUAUCAUCGUGUAAAUAUUGAAAAAUUGGCCAAAGAAAUAGGAGGAUUUAAUCAUGCAUCUUGUAAUUGUGUGUAUCCAACAGUGAAAGUUGAUCAGUUUUCAUUUCUUGAUUACACGUAUUUGUCGCAUGUACAUUUGACAGUGGCUGAAGAUACCGAUCAUGUGUUUGUUUUAGCCACGUAUGGUGGAAUUGCUGCUCUUUAA